AUAACUUUGUAUGACAAUUUCUUCUUUUCAGUAAAUGAAAAUAGAUUCUUAACCUUUUUAAAAAUGAAAAUUUCAAUAAGACUAAAUAUUCAAGUGUACUUUUGUAUAUUUUUCACUUUUUUGCAUACUGAAGGAACGCGUAAUAUGAAAAGCAACGUCGAUAUAAUAACCAAUUUUCUACAUCAACCUGGAUGGAGAAAUAUAAAUGAUGUCGAAUAUAUUACUUAUAGACGCAAUGUGUAUACAUUGAACGAUGUGAUCACAAAACCUGUAACAUCACUGAACUGUGACAAUUGUAUACGUAUUGCAACAUUAUUUCUUGGAUGUUCUUAUGCAAAUGAUUUAAAUACAAUAUUUUAUACAUUUUUCAAAUUUAAAGAACAUUGUCUUACGCUAUUAAAUGAUGGGUAUGAUAGUGCACACGAUUGUACACUCAAACUUUUAGAAAAAAUGAUUGACAUUGUUCCGAUAGCAAAAUUGAUGAAAGGAGCUUUAUAUACUAUAGAAAAAUAUCACAAUAACCCCUUGUGCCAUCGAAAAAAAAUCCGGUUUCUACUAAGUGAAAUUCUAACUAAUUUACAGAAAAAUGAAUCUUUAAAGAAAUUAGUUCCUUUGAAUAAUAGUACGGAUUCGAUUAAAGCUGCGUUAUUGACUAUUGCGCAUAAUUUACGCACAAGGUAUAUUGACAUUGAAGAAGAUAUGAAAUUUUGUCAAAUAAAUAAUUCUUUGUGGAAUUUUUGGAAUAUCGAAUUUGACAUAUUAAAAUCUCAAGUAAAAUACGAAGAAUUUUUCAUUUUUUUAACUGAUACAAUAAACAAUUUAUUUCUAAUGACAAUCUGGAAUAAGUAUGUUGAACUUGGAUUUAAAUUUGAUUCAACCACAAAUGAAACCCUUUUACCUGCUCUACCUCCUACCAAUGUCAAGCAAGAUAUCGAACAAAAUCCUUCUAUAAAUUUGACACAACAUACUAAUGAAGUAGAUAUAACUGAAAAUAUUCAACAAGAAUAUAUCACACAAAAUCCUUCUAUAAAUUUGACACAGCAUAACAAUGAUGUUUUGGAAGAGAUGCUACAAGAGACUAACUUUACUCAAUAUUCCAAUGCAGUAGAUAAACUAGGAGGGAUUAGACAAGAAGAUAUUGCAAAAAAUCCUUCUUUAAACUUAAUACAACAUAACAAUGAAGUAGUAAUGCAAGAAACGAUUCAGCAACAUGAUUUUACACAAAAUGUUUUUAUAAAUAUGAUACAAAAUACCACAGAAGUAGAUAAACAAGAAGGGAUUAGACAAGAAGAUGUCAUAUGUGAAACGGAACCUGAAUCGGGCGAACUAAUUGAAUAUCCUGAUCAUUUGAUACCAUUUAAUAAGUACAUAUAAGUUAAUUUUCUUGUGUUAAAUAUGUAUUAUAAUUACAUUACUAUACAGAAUAAAUGUGUUAAUUUAAUUUACAUGCUUGAUUUAAAUAUUUAUUAAGAAAAUAAAAUUAAUUAUUAUGAACAAUAUGUUUUGCAUAGUAUACUUAAAAAAAUUUAUGUAACAUUUAUUUUUACAUUAAUCAUUAUAAUAAAAUUAUUUA